AUGGUUUCUUCACUUGGACUUUCAUUGCCACAGGAAUCCCCCUAUGGGGCUCUGAAGGCAGCAGAAAGAAGAUACAUGGCUAUGGGAAGGAAUAUCAGCACAAUGACCGAUUUCAUCCUGUUGGGAUUUUCAGAGCAUGCAGAGAUGCAGGUUUUCCUCUUUGUGUUGUUCCUGGGGAUCUAUUUCAUGACUCUGGCUUGGAACCUGGGUCUCAUUGUCCUGAUCAGGAUGGAGUCGCACCUCCACUCCCCUAUGUAUUUCUUCCUUGGUAACCUGUCCUUUGUUGAUAUCUCAUACACCUCUUCUGUAGCCCCUAAGAUGCUCUGUGACUUCUUCAAGGAGCAGAAGACCAUCUCCUUUGUGGGUUGUGCUGCCCAGUUUUUCUUCUUUGUUGGGAUGGGAGGCACUGAGUGCUGUCUCCUGGCAGCCAUGGCAUAUGACCGGUAUGCUGCCAUCUCCAACCCUCUGCUCUACACUGUCCUCAUGUCACCCACCACCUGUGUGGGGAUGGCCAUUACAGCAUACGCUGGAGGAUUCCUCACUGGAUUGGUCCAAACUAGUUCCAUAUUUCAGCUUCAUUUCUGUGGGUCGCGAGUCAUGAACCACUUUUUCUGUGACCUACCACCCCUGCUGGUCUUGUCUUGUUCCAGUACCUUCCUCAGCCAGGUGGUGAACUUUCUGGUUGUGUGUGCAGUUGGUGGGACAUCAGCCCUUGUUGUCCUGGUUUCCUAUGGCUAUAUCAUUGCUGCUGUUAUGAACAUCCAUUCAACCCAAGGGCGGACAAAGGCUUUCAACACCUGUGCCUCUCAUAUGACCACAGUAAUUCUUUUCUAUGGCUCUGGUCUCUUCUCAUAUCUCCAUUCUAGUGCUGGAUACUCUCAGGACCGAGAUAAGGUGGUGUCCAUCUUCUAUGGAGUUGUGAUUCCCAUGCUGAAUCCUAUCAUAUAUAGUUUGCGAAACAAGGAGAUCAAAAAUGCAUUGAAAAAUCUCAAAAGAAGAAGAAGCAAAUGUCUUUUAUGGGUCUUAUAG